GUUCGUGGAUACAAGCUUCUACAUUUGGAACUAUAGACCCGAUUUUAAGUUUCUACGAAGUAGACACGAUGCAGCCCCAACAUAAACAUUCGCGGCGAAGGCGAACUUCAGAAACCCAGGGUACGCAACGAGAAAUUUCAGAGUACGAUGCUGGAAAACGAGAGUCCGCAGGGGAACAGUCCGAAAGCAAUCAAAACCGACCUUACUACAACGACCAUGAAGCUCGAACGGAUGGCGAACAUUCAAACACCUAUGAUGCCUCAAAGUCAUCUCACAAGGCAUACGAAUGGCGUGCUGUCACCCGUUCGUGGGGCCAAGCGGAAUCCAACACAUCCGACACGCGAAGCAGAAAUGCACCUGAUUACAACUAUCAUCAUCUUUCUUCCAACAAUCAGCAGGCAGCACAUACGUAUCAAGAGCACCAUCACCAACCGAAAAGACAUCACCCAAGUCUGGCCGAUCUUCACCAAAUGAAUGAUAAUGUUGCACUGGUAGGUGCUAUAGACAGUUGGCUCCACGAAGAUAAGCGACAGGGACCUUGGGAUGGAGUAGGUCACAUCAAGGUGAAGAGAAAAGAAUAG